ACAAGAAAAAUAGGAUGUGGCAUCUCCUUGCCCCUCUCUCUGAGCCCUGCCCACCCCACUCCUGUGGUGCCAUGUUUCUGAAACUCCUACUGCUUCUGGCCCUGCUGGGCCCUGGCAGCAGCCUCCAGCUGUUGGAGACCUGGGAGGAUGGAGCCGAGGAGGCCCCAGGCCCCCUGCUUGUCCGUGGCCGGAGAGAAGUGGAUGAGGACGACUCCGACAUAUAUGACUAUGACAUGCAGACGGACCCUCCAGAAAUGCUUAACUAUAGCACCGAGGCCCCCAAGCUUCUGCCUGUGAUGGGAACAUUGGAGCAGAGAGAGUCUGCAGGGCCUUUAACACCUGAGCCAAUCACUCUGGAGGUGGCCACAAGGGACCCUGCUGUCCUGGAUGCAGGAGGGGCAGCCACUGGGAAUCUGAGCAUGGAACUGGUCAUACGGGUCACUCUGACCAAAGAACCAGCCACUGUAAUCCCUCCCGUCAUGAAGGAUCCAUCUACAGAAUCAGCUGCAGUGGAGGCCCUGUCCACAGGGCCAGCAGGCAGAGUGGCACUGGCCACAGAACCUGCAGCCACAGAGGCUCUGUCCACAGAGACCCUGCCCACGGAGCCAGCAAGCACAAUGGCACCAGCCACAGAACGCACAGCCAUGGAGGCCCUGUCCACAGGGGCCCUGUCCACAGAACCCACUGCCACAGAGGCCCUAUCCACAGAAUCCACUGCCACGGAGGCCCUGACCACAGAACCCACUGCCACAGAGACCCUGUCCCCAGAGCCCCUAACCACAGAACCCACUGCCACAGAGGCCCUGUCCACAGAACCCACUGCCACGGAGGCUCUGUCCACAGAAUCCACUGCCACGGAGCCCCUGUCCACAGAAUCCACUGCCACAGGGGCCCUGUUCAUGGAACCCACAGUCAUAGAGGCUCUGUCCACUGAACUGGCCGCCACAGCAGUUCUUUCCAUGGAGCCCACUACCACAGGGGCCCUGCCCACAGAUCCAGCCACUGUGAAGACUCUGCCCACAAGACCUGCUACCACAAGGGGCCUAACCACAGCCCUUGCUGUGCCCUCUGAUCCUCCCAAGAGCACCAUUGUGGCAGUUGGCAAUUCAUCUGAUAAAUUGAUCUACAAAUGGAAAAAUGGUCAGAGUCUUUUCCCCCGGAGCUCCAUGGCCCCAAGCCCCACAGAGGGCCUGCUUGACCCCAGCUCGGUGAAGCAGUGUCUGCUGGCCAUCCUCAUCCUGGCCCUGGUGGCCACCAUCUUCCUCGUAUGCACCGUGGUGCUGGCCAUCCGCCUGUCCCGCAAGAACCACCUGUACCCCGUGCGCAAUUACUCCCCCACCGAGAUGGUCUGCAUCUCGUCCCUGCUGCCCGAGGGGGGCGAGGGGCCACCUGCCAUGGCCAACGGGGGCCUGCCCAAGGCCAAGAACCAGGGCCUGAAGGCGGGGUCUGGGGAGGACCGCGAGGGGGAUGACCUCACCCUGCACAGCUUCCUCCCUUAG